AUGGUCCUCCGCUGGCUGUUGCUGACCGCGCUGGCGCUGUCCCUGUCCCCGGCCACCAGGGGCAUCAAGGACUGCUUCUUCUGUGAGCUGACAGACUCCAAGCAGUGCCCCAGCACGCGCAUGAGCUGUGCGGAAGAGGAAGACUGCUUCACGGGCUACGGGCUGGCCCCCGGCCUGGGCCCCAUCACCAACAAGGGCUGCCUGCGCUCCAUCAACUGUGGCCACGAGCAGCCCGUCAACUACAAGGGCGUCACCUACAGCCUGGUCACCUCCUGCUGCCAGGGGGACCUCUGUAACCUGGCCCCGCCCACCACCGGCACCCGGGCCGCGGGGGCCACGGCCGGCCUGGCCCUGGGCUUGGGGUUGCUGCUCCACUAG